GGCCUGCGCGGCCUCCGGGGCAGCGGGAGCGGCCGCCGCGCCAUGGUCACCCUGGGGCUGCGGCGGGUGGAGGACAGCGUGGCCGCCAAGCACCCGGCGCUGCAGCAGUACGCGGCCUGCCAGUCCCACGCCUUCGUGAAGGGCAUCGGCACCUUCCUGGCAGGCACUGGGGCCGCCUUCGCCGUGCAGAAGCUGCUGAACAAGAAGCUGCCUUACAGCCCGCAGUGGAGCCUGCUGCUGGCGGGGGCUGCAGGGUCCAUUGCCAGCUAUGUGGUAACCAGAGCUGAGACACGGAAAUGUUCUGACUUCUGGAUUUACCUGGAGACAGGCAAGUCCCCCCAGGAGCUCGCUGGGGAUGGUAGGGUGUCUCAGCCUGGAGAAAAUCUGCCCAGCCCAGAGGAUGGAGAGAUUAUGGCACCGCUAGUGAGAAGGAACAAGUAUGGGGAUGUUGUGGAGUAGCCAGCAGAGCACACUAUGCCCUGUCCUGCUUCACCCCCUCCUGCCUGCCCAGCUGCCUCUGCUGCUUGAGAGACUGGUGGGCUCUGUGGCACUGCCCGGGAGCUUGGAUGAGUCAGUGCUGCAGUGGGAGUUUGGUGGAAGCACCACCAGGGGUUGUGGCCUCCCAGAUGGCCUCUGAAAAUCACAUGUGAGGUGCACAAUAAACAUCAAGAGCUGAAAGGA